AGCAUCAUCUUCAAGAGACUUGUGAUAUGCCUCAAGAUCUUUUUUGACCACCUCAAAAUUUCAUUUGAGUACGAAUGUGAACGACCAUGAAAGGAACAAGAACAAAAUUCACCAUACUCACAGAGACCAUCAUAAAGAAUCGAAGGAAUUGAAGAAUUUAGGAUUUUGGAGCCAAUCAAAUUUACAAAAUGCAAUCAAGCCAAGUUUACAUACUUCCAACAGAGAAAUCCUUUAUGCUACGUGGCACCUCCUUAGCCAUUGCUUUAAUUUCUUCUAGAAUUGGAACCAUUCAAUUUUCAUCAGUAAAUAUGCUUCACAAACCAACCUGAUCACUGAUCAGCCAUUACAUCUCCAGCCUUCUGUUCCUCCAUUGUGGGUCAAACUUGAGAGCUCAGAAAUGGCUAUGGAGAUGACUCUUAGAGCUUCUGCUAAACCCAACAUUCCUUCUCCUUCAUCUUCUCAAAAUAUUCUUCUUUCUCAGCAAAACUCAAAACUUCAAUUGAAACCCUCUCAAGUUCUUUUCUUUCCCUCUUCAACUUCUCUUUCUCUUUUGACUCUUUUCACUACUCCAUUUGAAGCCAAAGCUGUUGCCCUUCCCAAAGAGCAAUUAGUCUCUUCUCUCACUCAAGUAGAGCAAACAAUUGAUCAAGUUCAGCAAGUGGGUUCGGAUGUUCUAGACACUGCACAAAAGAUAUACCAGACUUUGGCUGAUGCUUUGAAACCUGGCAUUGAUGCAGCUGCUCCAGUUGUACAGCAAGCUGGUGUGGAGGCCUUGAAAGCUGCUUCACCAAUCAUUUCUGAGGCGUCAAAGAAAGCUCAGGAAGCAAUUCAGAGCACUGGGAUUAGUUCUGAUACUGUUGCUACUGCUACUAAGACUGUAACAAGUGCUGCAGAACAGACAACAAAAGUUAUAGAAGAUGUAAAGCCCAUCGCAUCAUCAACAGUUGAAACCAUCACAAGCUUAGACCCUGCUCUGAUAGUUGAAGGCGCUGCUGCAUUAUUUCUUGCCUACCUCCUACUUCCUCGAGUGUGGUCUAUUCUAUCGUUUAACCUCCGUGGAUAUCAAGGUGCACUUACUCCUGCACAAACAUUGGACAUGUUGUGCUCACGAAACUACUACUUGAUUGAUAUUAGGACGGAGAAGGAUAAGAACAAGGCUGGGAUUCCGCAACUUCCCCCAAGUGCUAAGAGUCGAAUGAUUGCCAUUCCACUCGAAGAACUACCGAACAAGUUACGAAGCCAAAUUAGGAACUCAAAGAAGGUAGAAGCCGAGAUAGCAGCCUUGAAGAUAUCAUAUCUUAAACGACUAUCAAAGAGCACCAGCAUCGUGAUCAUGGACUCUUACUCAGAUUCUGCAAAAAUAGUGGCGAAAACUCUGACGAGUUUGGGGUUCAAGAACAGUUGGAUCAUGACCGAUGGUUUCUCAGGAAGCAAGGGAUGGUUGCAAAGUCGAUUGGGCACCGAUUCUUACAAUUUUUCUUUUGCCGAAAUUCUUUCACCAUCACGUAUUAUUCGUGGUGGCGGUGGUGGUGGUACAGGGCGAUUUGGCACAACAACUUCUACCGUUCAAAUUGGUAGUAAAUUCCUACCCGAAUGAUGUACAUGUUAGUGUCUAUUUGUUUGAUUCCUAGUCUUGUAAAAGGUCCUUUAAUGCUUGAAAAUGGAAAGGCGAUUUUGUGUUA